AUGUCGUGUUUGACUCAUCCUUUCCUUUCAAGCCCAUGGAGAGAAAGACUUAUAGAAAAAUGUCAAGAAGUGCGAAUCGAACCUCCUGUUUUCCAGGUCAUGUCUGAGAUAAGGGGCGGUCGUACAGCUUGGUCUAGUGUAGUUAAGGUCCAAGGUCAAUACAUAUCCGCUCGAUUCUGGUACGACGGAAAAAACGUCAAUAAUGCAAUGGAAGAUGCUGCGGAGGUUGCUUUCAAGCAUCUCAGUGGCACUUCUCCACCCACAUCUCCUAUGUAUAGGCUCGGUGGCAUUAUUUCUAUUACCGAAAAUAUGCACCAAGAUAACAUAUAA